UAAGCCGUUUCCGGUAUGUUCACGCCGUUCUGUAAAAAAAAAACCCCGCAAUAUAUUGCUAAAAUUACUCUCAAUUUUGCACUUUGACCUCAAUUAAUCUUAAGGGACAAUAUUCGUCUCAUGUAAUGUUUGUUGAAUACGACCUUUGUGCUUUUUUUCUCAUGUUGUUGUAGACCUUGAACGCACCACAUCCCUAAGAACAGGAAGACGCGAUGAGUUCAUUUUCUUUGGCUUCGAACUUUGCUCCCUUUUUUUCCGGUUCUUUGAGCGCAAGUACAAGAAAAGACUUCCCGUGCUGAGCGAUGGCCGGCGUCCAGAUCCGUAAGUACUGCGAGGACGACGCGGAGACGGUGAAGGAGCUCUUCACAAUGGGCAUGAGCGAGCACGUGCCCACGUCCUUCGUGCACCUCCUCAAGCAGCCGCUCCCCCAGAUGGUGCUCAUGGUCACCUUCUGCGCCCUCCUGACCAGCUCCAAGUCCUUCCUGCUGCCCGUCCUCGCCGUCACGCUGCUGAUGGCCGCCGCCCGCCAGCUGGUGGUCUACAAGUUCAAGAGCUACAUCGAGACGUCGUUCAAGCUGGACCUGGACACCGUCGACGAGACCUACAUGGCGGGCAAGGACUCGUGCUUCUGGGUGGCGGAGAGCGACGGGCGGGUGGUGGGCAUGGUGGCCUGCCUGCCCAACCAGAGCGCCCCCGACUGCCUGGAGCUGAAGCGCAUGUCCGUGCGGCGCAGUUACCGCGGCAGGGGCGUGGCCAAGGCGCUGUGUCGGACGGUGGCGGACUUCACCCGCCAGCGAGGCUACGCCGCCGUCCUCCUCUACACGUCCGUGGUCCAGACGGACGCUCAGAAGCUCUACGAGCACAUGGGCUACGACAAGGUGCGGCAGUUUCUCCUUCCCGACGUCGCCCUCAAGCUCAUGAACUUCUCCCUCUUGGAGUACAGACUGGAUUUGCAGAAAGACAAGAAAGGGAACUGAGGGAAAACACGUCCAGAGAACUGUGCCGCGACUCAGAUGUUGUCAUUUUGUUAAAAUUUGUAGCAAUUCUUAAAAAUAACCAGUUCACUUUAGCUCAGGGGUGUCCAAACUCGCCAGCCUCUUCAAAACGCAUCCAAUUCUUUCAAGUUUCUGAAUGCUUCACAUUUGCUGCCAUCUAGUGGACGAUGAUCAACGAACAGCACAGCAUUUACUUGUAUGACACAAUCCAAACAACCUUCCCUAGUCAUGGUGCAAAAAAAACACAUCAAGGUCAACACACUUGGUCACACAUAACACAACCUAAACAUUGUAGAUAUUAUGAAAAACAACCUUCCCUAGUCAUGGUGCAAAAAAAAAUCUACAUAAAGGUAAACACACAUGGUCACACAUAACACAACCUAAACAUUGUGGAUAUUAUGAAAAACGUCCAAACACCAUACAACUUUUCUAAAUUACACCCAUUUAAAUCUGUUUUGGGAAAAAUGCAAAACAAUCUUAAAACACAACUUAUAUGACACAAUCCAAACAACCUUCCCUAGUCAUGGUGCAAAAAACCUACAUUAAGGUAAACACACAUGGUCACACAUAACAUAACCUAAACAUUGUAGAUAUUAUGAAAAAUGUCCAAACACUACAAAAAAAUUCUAAAUUAUACACAUUUAAAUCCAUUAGAGUGCAUGAUGGGGAAAAAUGCGAAACACUCUUAAAACACAACUUAUAUGACACAAUCCAAACAACCUUCUCUAGUCAUGGUGCACAAAAACACUUAAAGGUCAACACACAUGGUCACACAUAACACACCCUAAACAUUGUGGAUAUUAUGAAAAACAACCUUCCCUAGUCAUGGUGCAAAAAAAUAAAAAAUAACUUAAACAUUGUGGGUAUUAUAAAAGACGUCCAAACCCCAUGAAACUUUUCUAAAUUACACCCAUUUCAAUCUGUUUUGGGAAAAAUGCAAAACAAUCUUAAAACACACUUUAUAUGACACAAUCCAAACAACCUUCCCUAGUCAUGGUGCAAAAAAAACUACAUAAAGGUCAACACACAUGGUCACACAUAACACAACCUAAAUAUUGUGGAUAUUAUGAAAAGCGUCCAAACACCAUAAAAAUAUAAAAAUGACACCCAUUAGAGUGCAUGAUGGGAAAAAUGCAAAACACUCAUAAAACACAACUUAUAUGACACAAUCCAAACAACCUUCCCUAGUCAUAGUGCAAAAAAAAAACCUACGUAAAGGUCAACACACAUGGCCACACAUAACACAACCUAAACAUUGUCGAUAUUAUGAAAAACGUCCAAACACUCCAAAAGAUUCAAAAUUACACCCAUUUAAAUCCAUUCGAGUGCUCAUAAAACACAACUUAUAUGACACAAUCCAAACAACCUUCCCUAGUCAUGGUGCAAAAAAAAAAUCUACAUAAAAGGUUAACACACAUGGUCACACAUAACACAACCUAAAUAUUGUGAAUAUUAUGAAAAACAUCCAAACACUACAAACAUUUUUAAAAUCACACCCAUUUAAAUCCAAAAUGCAAAGUGUUCAUAAAACACAACUUAUAUGACACAAUCCAAACAACCUUCCCUAGUCAUGGUGCAAAAAAAAAAAUCUACAUAAAAGGUUAACACAUAACACAACCUAAAUAUUGUGAAUAUUAUGAAAAACAUCCAAACACUACCAACAUUUUUAAAAUCACAUCCAUUUAAAUCCAAAAUGUAAAGUGUCCAUAAAACACAAAUUAUAUGACACAAUCCAAACAACCUCCCCUAGUCAUGGUGCAAAAAAAAAAAAUCUACAUAAAAGGUUAACACAUAACACAACCUAAAUAUUGUGAUUAUUAUGAAAAACAUCCAAACACUACAUACAUUUUUAAAAUCACACACAUUUAAAUCCAAAAUGUAAAGUGUUCAUAAAACACAAGUUAUAUGACACAAUCCAAACAACCUCCCCUAGUCAUGGUGCAAAAAUAAA